GAAUGAUGUAAAAGUACGAACGAAACAGAGACGAGAUAAUAUUCCACGUCAUCAAAAGUGUCCAAAUAUCUUCCACUUCCUUCCCUGGCUUCGUCGGUCCUUUUUCACGGUUAGGCUCGGAGGAAAACCUAAUUCGUCCGGAGCAUCUCUACCUCUCUCUCGCAAAACCCAUCUCUGUUGUAGCUUGUGAUGGAUCCAGCACAGAACACAAGUGCAGGGAUUGGUGGGAGUGGAAGCAAUGGUACGAUUAGAUAUCAAACCAAUGACGGGACUUCAACUGUUGCUGAUGAUUCAAAGGAGAAUCUGAGCCAAGUCAUAAACUCUAUUGAAAAAACUUUGGGAGUCCUUCAUCAGUUACACCUUACCGUCACUUCUUUCACACCCGCGUCUCAGCUCCAUCUCCUCCAGCGCCUUAACUCUCUUGUGAUGGAGCUGGAUAACAUGACUAAGUUGUCUGAGAAAUGCAACAUUCAAGUCCCCAUGGAAGUUCUUAACUUGAUUGAUGAUGGGAAGAACCCGGAUGAGUUUACGAAAGAUGUUCUUAAUAGCUGCAUAGCUAGAAAUCAAGUUACAAAGGGCAAGACUGAUGCUUUUAAGGAUUUGAGAAAACAUAUUUUGGAGGAGCUUGAACAGACUUUUCCUGAUGAAGUCGAUAUGUAUAGAGAAAUCCGUGCUAGUUCUGCCGCUGAAGCGAAACGGCUGGCGCAAUCGCAAAGUGUGUUACCAAAUGGGGAUGCAAAGGUCAAGAACGAGCUAUAAGAUCCCCAAGUUUUCCUACCUUGUAGAAUAAAAUGACUGAGUAGAUGAAUGUGGAUGUACACAAACAAUCCCUCAUGGAAUUUCUAUAAUAUAUGUUGGUUUUGUUCACUUGACUAAA